UGGCUGCCUCACUGCAAAUAAAGGGAGAUAACGGGCCGUGAGUAGCGGCUGAAAACGUUUUAUAUACUGACAUGUUAGAGCAAUGACUUUUGCGUAACCGCGUAAAAUCUGGGACUAGGCUCCCAGCACGAGGAUGAUAUAGGGUUCUUACGGGAAGAGGAACAAGAAACGAUUGCUACGGGCCGGUGGGAAAAAGAAAACGGCGAUCCGUUGAAGUUUAGAAAGAGAGAGUGAGCGACAGUGAGCAGGAUUCUCAAAAUUGAAAGCAAUCCAAAAACAUAGCUGCGGUGGAAGAGCGAGUGUACCCAUUUGAAAGAUGAGCUUGAUGUCUGCCAUAGACACCAGUGCCUCCGUGUACCAGCCUGCACAGCUACUGAAUUGGGUAUACCUCUCUUUGCAAGACACUCACCAGACCAGCGCUUUUGACGCCUUUAGACCCGAACCCAACUCUUCCCACCCGGAGUUGAACUACUGCAAGACUCCUGCGGCGGACCUGAGCUCGUCCCUAAACUCCAACUAUCUCAACAACUUUUUUCAGCUCCAGCGGAAUGAGGCGUUGAAUAACAGCGUGUAUAAGAAUGUCUCGCCAUACGGCUCACUCAACAACAUCGUUGAUGGACUCAACACCCUGACAGACCACUUCUCCGACCUUUCCCUCUCCUCAGAGUCCCGCAAGCCAAGUAAGAGACCCCCACCCAACUACCUGUGCCACCUCUGCUUCAACAAGGGCCACUACAUCAAAGACUGCCCCCAGGUUUGA